CAGCAGGUCUUGAGCCGAUUGGCUCCGGCUGGCGCAAGAGGAGGCCUCGCGUUCGAAAAAAAGAUACCCGACGUUCCAAUGGGAAGCGCGUUCGGAAAAAUGAUACACAACGUUCCAACGGGGAAGGGAAGCGUCCCGAUUGGUCCCGGAUGCCAUCAGGUCUGGCUGGGCUCACCAGCAGCUGCUGCCGAGUGAGGCCGCUGGGCUCCUUUGCUUCUCGCUCAGCUAGGGGAACUUUAGGUAGCAAGUAGCAUUGAAUGGGCUGGCAGACAGCAGAGGAGGCACCUUUGGGUUUGCAGCGUGCGUGGAAGCUCUCGCCAUGAGCAAUCCCCAGGCAGCAGCAACUGCUGCUACUGCAGCACGACCCCACUCCUCUUUGCUGCUCCUGUUCCCACCCCCUUGCAUCUGAGGCGGAUCCCAAAGAAAAUCCUGAGCCUCAUUAACUCUUCUGACCUGCUUAUUAUUUUUAAUUAAUUGAUUCUCCUCCGUCCCUCUAAGGUGCCACCGUGACACCAGGUGGGAGGAGAGCGGUGCUUUCCUGUGGAUAGUUUCGUUUUCUUUUCAAAGAGACUAAGGCAUAUACUUGUAUUUUUCUUUUUGUUUUACAAUUUAUUUGGUUGCACUAGUGGGAAUUGCUUCUUCGGUGGGAUUUUUUUAAAGGGGUUGUUGGAGGGGGGCGCGAAGAAGCCAUGGGACUACCUGCUUUGGAAUUUAGUGACUGCUGCUUGGAUAGCCCCCAGUUCCGAGAGAGGCUGAAAUCUCAUGAAGCUGAGCUGGACAAGACCAACAAAUUCAUCAAGGAGCUUAUCAAAGAUGGGAAGACACUCGUUGCAGCUCUCAAGAAUCUGUCUUCAGCAAAGCGGAAGUUUGCAGAUUCCCUAAAUGAGUUUAAAUUCCGGUGUAUAGGAGAUGCAGAAACAGACGAUGAAAUAUGCAUAGCAAAAUCUCUGCAAGAAUUUGCCACCGUUCUCCGGAAUCUUGAAGAUGAACGAAUGCGCAUGAUUGAGAAUGCUGGUGAGGUCUUGAUCACUCCACUGGAGAAGUUCCGCAAGGAGCAAAUCGGUGCUGCUAAGGAUGCCAAGAAGAAGUAUGACAAGGAGACAGAGAAAUAUUGUGGGGUCUUAGAAAAACACUUAAACCUCUCUUCUAAGAAGAAAGAAUCCCAGCUUCAAGAGGCGGACAGCCAAGUGGACCUGGUUCGACAGCAUUUUUAUGAAGUCUCCCUCGAGUAUGUCUUCAAGGUGCAAGAAGUCCAGGAGAGGAAGAUGUUUGAGUUUGUGGAACCUCUGCUGGCAUUCCUUCAGGGGCUCUUCACAUUCUAUCAUCAUGGCUAUGAACUCGCAAAGGACUUCAGCGACUUCAAGACAGAGCUGACAAUCAGCAUACAGAAUACAAGAAAUCGUUUUGAAGGAACCCGGUCAGAGGUGGAGUCCUUGAUGAAAAAGAUGAAGGAGAAUCCCCAUGAGCACAAGAACAUCAGCCCUUACACAAUGGAGGGCUAUCUCUAUGUCCAGGAGAAACGUCACUUUGGGACUUCCUGGGUAAAGCAUUACUGCACAUAUCAGAGGGAAUCGAAACGAAUCACCAUGGUACCAUUUGACCAGAAAUCUGGAGGAAAAGGGGGCGAAGAUGAAGCAGUCACUCUCAAAUCCUGCACACGACGGAAAACUGACUCGAUAGAGAAGAGGUUUUGCUUCGACGUGGAAGCAGUGGAUCGGCCUGGUGUGAUCACCAUGCAAGCACUUUCUGAAGAGGACAGAAGGCUUUGGAUGGAGGCUAUGGAUGGCCGGGAACCGGUCUACAAUUCGAACAAAGACAAUCAGAGUGAAGGCACUGCCCAGUUGGAUAAUAUCGGAUUCAGCAUUAUCCGGAAAUGCAUACAUGCUGUUGAAACAAGAGGGAUCAAUGAGCAAGGGCUCUACAGAAUUGUUGGAGUAAACUCCAGAGUUCAAAAGCUAUUGAGUAUCUUAAUGGAUCCCAAAACAGCCUCUGAAACAGAAACAGAGAUCUGUGCAGAGUGGGAGAUAAAGACUAUCACCAGUGCAUUGAAAAAUUACUUAAGAAUGCUGCCUGGGCCACUCAUGAUGUACCAGUUUCAAAGAAGCUUCAUCAAAGCAGCAAAGCUGGAGAAUCAAGAAUCCAGAAUCUCAGAAAUCCACAACCUUGUGCAUCGACUCCCAGAAAAAAACAGACAGAUGCUGCAGAUGCUUAUGAACCACUUGGCAAAUGUUGCUGCUAAUCACAAGCAGAAUCUAAUGACUGUUGCUAAUCUGGGGGUGGUAUUUGGACCAACACUGCUUCGACCUCAAGAAGAAACUGUUGCAGCGAUUAUGGACAUCAAGUUUCAGAAUAUUGUGAUUGAGAUUUUAAUAGAAAACCAUGAAAAGAUAUUUAACACUGUACCGGAGACGCUACCGCCAAACUCGCAGCUGCUGCUAUCUCGUAAGAAGAGUACUGAUUCAAAGCCUCCUUCCUGCAGUGAGAGACCCUUAACACUCUUCCACACGGGACAGCCCAAUGAAAAGCAGGAGACGAGGAACAGUAUCAUCAACUCCAGUCUAGAAUCUGUCCUCUCUUCGAACAUAAACAGCUUCCCCCACUCCAAUAGCACUCUCCAACCCAACCUGAACUCAAGUGACCCUGACCUAGAAGUAAUUAAACCCAGUCGACCAACCUCGCUCACUCAGAAUCCAAGCCCAACAUCACCCCUUUCACCGUCCUGGCCCUUGUUCUCUGCGCCAUCAAGUCCUAUGCCCACCUCCUCUACGUCCAGCGACUCAUCCCCCAUCAGCUCACCAUUCCGGAAAGCCAGAGCCUUGUAUGCUUGCAAAGCAGAACAUGACUCAGAGCUCUCCUUCACAGCAGGCACCAUAUUUGACAAUGUUCAUGCAUCUCAGGAGCCUGGCUGGUUGGAAGGAACUCUGAAUGGGAAGACGGGACUAAUCCCUGAAAACUACGUGGAGUUCCUAUAACAUAAAGCAACACUGCUGAUCUUUACAUGGUAUCCAUGACAACUGCUGAUUAGAGUGUUGCAGAUCAUUUGCUCUUUGCCACUGAAAUGCAGGGUGAAGGACUUUCCAGUUCCUAUUGAAAUUAAUGUUUAUAUGAAUGAGCAUGUGUAUGUCUCCUUCGGUGAUCUAUUGUAUACUGCAGAAGGGGUGGUCAGAGGCUCCAAAGAGGUCAUUCAACUCUUCCAACUUCUAGUAAAGGCAUGUGAUUCCUAUAGCCACUGCUCCCAUGUUCUCAACUUUUGUUCCUUUUUGUUGAGCCAUUGUAUCAGUGAAAGGAACAGGAAAGUGCAGGAGCUCAAAAGGAGCAUUAAUACCCAUUUCAAGGGCCUAUUCUGCAAACCCUUGAUGCAGAUGAGUAGCCCCCAGAUAUCAACCUUGACUUUAGUGGAACUGCUUCAGUGAGUGCAAUUAGCACAAUUCAGGAUGGGCGGAUUGGACCCUAAGCCACCAUUUCUCAUUGUAGGAAGGGGUUUAUAUGGGAGCGAAGAGACUUUUGCCAUUCCUUCCUCACAAAUUCUCCCCUCCUUGUCGAAUCAGCCAAAACAAAACUCUUCUUUGCUAACAGGAAAGCAAUCUCUCCUCCACAUAGCUGUGUGGAGGGGAGAGGUUAAGGUACAGUUUACAUACGUCAACCACUAACCAUUUCUGCAGCAGCAGUUUGCACAGCCCUGAGCCAUCCUCAGUCCAACCUUGACAAACAUCUAUUAUUCCCAUUCCCCGGUACUGACGAUAGCCCAACUUACUUACUAUUAUUUUUAAACGCCCUUUUUUUCUGAUGGCGAAAGCAAAGAUGAAAGGAGUUGAAUGAUCUCUGUGGGGCGAGCCCCGUCUCAGCUGUGAAUUUGCAGCGAUCUGAUGAGCAUCAGCACAAUGGAGAAGAGAAUAUUUUGGACCAAACCUCUCAUAACUUUUUUUUUUUAGAUUUAGAUUUAUGCUGGGUAAACAUCUGUGAUCUGUGCAGUCGGCAUUUCCUUCCUGGAAGGCAAGAUGCAGCUUAUGAUAAAUACCACUUGUUUUGCGUGACUGGCUGAUUCGUACUAUUACUUACUAAUCUACAUUGUAAAGAGAGGAACCCAUGUUCAUUGAAUUCCCGGCCCAUUCUUACGUCCAUUUUGGGUUACAUUCGCCAUUCGCUGCAGUUGCUUUUAUAGAUGGCGUCUUUGCUUGCAGCCUUGCUUUGCAGUCUGGUGAUGCCAUGUCCAUGCAGUAUACUGAUUAUACAAAGUAAAUAUUUUGUAAUUCUAUUUGUUCAUUUAACCAAUGCAAAGUUUAAGGAAAACAAACAAUUUGUCUUUUCAAUUAUUUUUAUUCUUCCCUUCCACUAUUUGAAAAUGUUGAAGCCUCCUCUGCUGAGUAUUUAAUUUGGGAUAAUGUCACUCCAGUCUUGUCACAUUCUCGACAAAGCGUCUGGCAUAGUCCUUAGUGCAGCUCAGAUGAUAUUCAAAAAAGAAAAGUCAGACUUUCCUGAUGUUAUGUCAAGUGCUACAACAUUUUAUAAUAGAAAAUCAUGAGAGAAGCUGGUGCCUUGGCAGGAGGAAUUUAUUUUUCUAACCAUCCCAUUAUCACAGAGAUGGGAAUGAGGGACUGGAUUUAUUUUCUUUUUUAAUUAUUUUUUAAGAACAUGAGUGCUUGAAUUGCUGAGUGUUUUACUUUUUAUUGUUGCAAAAGUAACAUGUAAAUAGAAUCGUUUGAUAUAUUAUGAGAGAAAGCUCUGUUUUUAAUUUCUAGCAGAGCUGUGCUGAGCUAGCUGCUAGAUGUUCCAUGGAUAUUUGAAACCAGUUUACAGGACAAAGCACACAGGCACACCGUCUAACCUUUAAACAUGUGAACCUUUUCCUGCCCUCCUUUGUUUUGUCACCUACUCUGCCAGCCAGCUGGAUUGAGUUUUUGUUCGCUUUUUAAUUUGAUUUACAUUAAUUAAACUUCCUGUAUUCUUAAGGACAUGCCCUUCCUCUUGCCAUUUUGUGUGCAUAUGUGUACAAUAUAUUAUACAUAAAAGAUAUGAUACAUACUAUGUGUUAUGCCAUCACAACCCUGUGUGUGGGAGAGAUAACACCUCCACAUCUCCAUGUGUGUUUCUUUAGCAAAGUAAAACCGAGCUAAGGAUUUUCUUUACCUCUGUAUGUGACAGAGAUGGGAGAUAGCAUAUCUUAGCUUUGUUGCAGUUUGCUUGCCUUUGCUUCAUCCAAAAAAAAAAAAGGCUAGAAAUCGUUGAAAAAAGAUUUUAAAAGAGUUAAAGAUGAAAAAGCAGAUUUCCAGCAUUUCCAACUUUAAAAAGAAAAAGCCAAGUACAAAAGUUAUUUUGGUAAAUCUCUCUUUUCACUGUUUGGCUUCUAAAAGUCGUUGCUUCCUGACUGUUCUGGGUUACUUUAGUGAGCUACCCUGUGUGAUUGUCUGUAAAUUGGAUACCACAAGAUCAGACCUUCUUUGAACAGGACUGAUUAGAUUGCCAGAAAAAUUACUGGCUACAACUAAACCUGCCCUAUAGUAUUUUCUGAUUUGAAAAGUAAUCAAAUUAAGAAGAUAAAAUGGCGAGAGGAGGGGGAUUUAUAAUGGGAUAAAGACGAGGUGGUUUCACCAAGAUGUUGCUGAUUUAAAUCCACCUCACAUGCUAGCAGCUAAAAUUUUUUACCAGCUGAUUUCUGUUUGGUAUCCUGAAUGAAAUUAUUUGGUUGGUCUUCAUCCAUAUCCCAGUGAACGAGAGUCUGUAUUGCAAUAUUCACUAUUACAGGCCUUGGCCUUUGUGUUGACAUUAACAAAGAAAAACCAAAGAAUUUGCAUGAGCAAGAGAGAGUGAACCAACUUCUCAACUCAGAGGUGAAAGACACCUCCCACUGUGAGCAGAAUGUUAUAAUGUGUGCUGCUAUUUUCUAUGUUUAACUGUUCUGUGGGUGAACAGAGGGUUUCAUCCUCCAUCACUGUCAGUCAGGCAUGUUUGUUCAGUUUUGUCCUCUUUUCGCAGAUGAUUUCUGGGUUCUGAAGCCCCUCCCUCACGUAAGGAGGUGGGAAUUUUGUUUCUUUGGGUUCCCCCCACCAAUCCUAGUCACUGGCAUAUUCACCAACAUUACAUUCCAUUAAAAAAAAUUGAAAGAUUUAAAACACUAAAACAAACCCAUUUGCUUUUUAAGGCAACUUGUCUGAAAGUAAUUUGUUUCCAUGAUGAGUUACCGUACUUUACAAAAUAAGAUAGUUCUGUGUAUUAAUCUCUUGUAAACAGGUCUUUUCAAUGACCCUGCCUAAAAGUCUCAUUAAAGUGAAUGGGACUCAUGCAAUUGGAGGCUUUGGCAACUGCUCUUAAAUAUAUACCUCUUCUUGCUCAAAUGGAUUCAAUGGCCAGCAAAGAAACCCAUUGGCUUUUUUACUGCUAGAUACAGGUCGUGUAAAAAUAAUCACUGGUAUCUGUGGUGUUUAGAUUAAAUCUUCUCUACCCCCUAUAGAAUGCCUAUAAUAUCAAUCAGGAAUGUCAUGUUAAUUUCAUAUGUUCAUUGCCUAUGUCAGUCAGUAACUGUGCAGCCGGCAUUUCCUUCCUGGAAGGCAAGAUGCAGCUUAUGAUAAAUACCACUUGUUUUGUGUGACUUGCUGAUUGGUAUCUUCGCUUACCAGUGCACAUUGUAGAGAGAGGAACCCAUAUUUAUUGAGUGCCCAGGACACAUGCCCAUUUUGGGUCCUAGUACAAGGAGGGAAAGGAGAGGAAGCUUAGCUCGUUGGCCCCAUAUGAUGGUUGUUUGUUGAUGUCUGCGGUUUCCAUACCGUGAUCCCAGUCCUAAAAUCAGAUCUGCAUCCAUAUGGUGCUCCUUGGAAUCAGUGGAACGUGAAGAGUUUGCCCACACAGUACCAUUUUGAGAAUGGGGCUCAUAUCUUGAACCUCUUUUUGUUUUAACUUUUAAAGGAAAACUGCAUUGCAAUAUGAAACCGCCUUUUAAUGUUAUAGGGUACAUUUUCCAAACCAAUCAAGUGAAGUACUAGCCUAAAUUCUAUUUUUACUUGGGUGCUUAGUCCACACUACAGUCUUUUGUCUGCAUAUUGAUGUCAAGGGUGUAAAUUUUAACAUAGCUAUGCCAGCAAAUGCCUCCAUGUAGAUGUGGUUGUACCGGUGCUUUUGUCACUAUAGCUUAUUUCACUUGCAGAACUGAUAUAAGCUAUACCCAUAAAACCACUUAGAUUAAUUAAGGUUACUUUAGAUUAAUUAAAGCAUCACAUUGGAAGUUGCCAUCAUGGCAAUAGAGCUGGGGGAAAAUUUGUUAAAUUUGAAGAUUAAAAAUCAGAAUUUGUAAAAUGAACAUGUUCUGAAUUUCUCCCCCUCUUGGGGAAACAAUAAAGCUGGAUUAAUUUUGUCAAGUUUCAAUUUUUUAAAGUGAAAAGGAGGGGUUGUAUUUUUUCACCCAGCCCUAUUUGUAGUGAACAACAAAGGCGUAAGAGCUGUUAUUCAAAAGCAGGGACUUUCAAAUUUGCUGCUGUAGACAGUGGGCUGAAUUGCCUCGCCAGGCCCUUGGACAAGAUGGGGAGAGCCUUGAGCAGCAUCUGUAUCGCUGGGGGUUCCAUGUCUUCCAGCUGCCCAGACCAUGCUGCAGGAUUGUUUCCAUGGUGAUAUAAAUGGCCGCUGCUGCCAUAGUGGUGGCAGCUAGAGUGCCAAGCCCCAGGGCCAUUGCACCCCAUUCCCAUCAGCAGGUCUAGCCAUGUAUAUUCUGUCCUUCAUUCAUUCAUUUUAAACUUGUUUUAGCAUUUUUACUAUGUAUUGCCUGUAAUAUCUGUCAAAACAAAACAGGAAAAUCUUGCCCCCUUUGAAGUCAGUGGGAAUCUCUUCAGUUGUUGCCAGGAUUUUACCUUAAGUAUGUAAUAAAGCAGAAAUAAAGUAUCCUCUGGACAAAGACCUCAAAAUCACCUUAAACUAAAUUAUGCAGGUAAGACUAGAGGCGUGGUCUUUGGAUCCAUGAACAUCAAGGGGGUGUCUUUUCAUUGAUUUCAAUGGGCUUUGGAUCAGGCCUUAAGGGAGUUAGUCCCCAAUGCCUGUAAGGCCCAAAUUCAGUAAGGCCCAAGGGUCUCACUCUGUGUGAAGCUCAGUUAAAAUUAAUGGUCCUACUUUUGGGGUAAGGCAACAUUCAGUCUGAGUAAGGGUCUCAGAAUCUGUCUCUAAAUAUUAGGUAACAGAGAUUCCCAUUCAGCUGUUUUUAGUCAGAUGUAAUGAUCCCUCCCAAAGAGAGCUUUGCCAGAGAUUUAAGGCCUAAAUUGCAGCAUAAACCACUAUAACUAAUCAAGGUCUUAUUCCUUCAAUAGCUUAUUGUAGGUGAGCCAUUAAAGGGAGGGAGGAAGGAAAUAUCAAGAGAGAAUAAAAUGCUCCACAUAAAUAUGCCAUUUUGAAAAGCUUUAUUAAUAUUUAUACCAACUAUUUACAAUAUACAGCUACGUCCUUUAAUAUCUUAAGAAGAAUGUUCCAGAUUUUAUGUUUAACAGAUAUUAUGCAAAACUGUUUAUAAGCAUUUAAUGAGAUAUGGAGAGUGUUAAAAGUAAUGCAGGUGCAUGUUUAAUACGUGAAUGAAGAUUCUUUUCAAGUCUACUAUAAUGCUGUAUAAAGUAAUAAAUAUUAAUAAAGUCCUUAUAAAUGGCACCUCCCUGAAAAAUACUUUCCCAUAAACAUUGCUGAUUUAAACUUUAGAUCCAGUGCUGUAGGCUGUAGUGACUCUAAAAUUGUGUGUUAUGUGGCCGUAACUUUUUAUUUUAACUUUUAGAAUCUGGUACAGAAGUUCUUACAGAUUCACUCAGUAUUGGCUCCAAUGUAAUCUCCUUUAGCAACUGCAUUAUGUUCUGUUCUUUGGUAGGUUUGGGUAACAAGUGAUGAAAAGUAACUGGCAAUAUGAUUUUGAAUUAAAUAUCUGUUCUGCAUGGUGCAGCUAAGCUCCUUUCUUGGGGAAAGAAUGAACUAGAAGCUUGCACUUGAAACUAUCUUUUGAUUUUUGCCAGCAAAGAAGCUGUUAUGUAAAAUAUGCUUCUUUUCAAAGGUUGCCAACUCCAUAGCAAGCCACAAAGCUACACUAAUCAGUACCACUGUCUCUCCUCACUACUCUGGGAUGGUCAGAUUUUAAAUUCAGAAGACAUUUAUGGGGGUAACCACAACAAUCUAAUCGCAAACAUUUCAUUCUUUCUGAAUCAUGUCAAACAUGAACCCCAGUGAUCCUUAAUUUACUGUUUUCUCAGCAUGCACCCCAUGCACAAACUAGAAUGAACGGUUGGAAAAAGGUACGCAAAUUGUGGAGUUUUUUGGAACAGGCUUUUC